AUGUCCAGCGGAAAGAAACGGGUGUUUCCCUUGUUCGAGAAGUCUGAUUCAUCAUCGAACAGUGCUGCAAAAAGGGCCAAAGGCUCGUCGCUAACGAUUUAUUCUUGGAACGUCGCUGGCUUGAGGGCUGUAGUUAAAGUAAGUUUUUUACAUUAAUUUUUGAGCUUUAGAGGUGGAUGUCUUUCGAAAACUUGAUGUUAUUGCUUUAAAAUGAAGUAAGAUUUACCUAAAUUGGUUUUAAAAGAUAGAUUAUAAUGUGACCUUGCUUUUAGAGGCCAAAGAAAGGCGAUGAAGACAUUGCAGCUUUUGAUGCGGACAUUGUUCUACUUCAAGAGACCAAAUGUGAUGAAUUCCCUCCAGAGAUCGGAAGAUUAACCGAAUAUCCGUACAAAAAGUUGUUCCCAUCAAAAGACAAGAAAGGCUAUUCUGGAGUAGCGUUCUUGGCCAAAGAAAAACCUUUAAAAAUGACUGUUGGGAUGGGAGACAAACGAUUCGAUGGUCAAGGGCGUUACUUACAUGCGGAAUAUGAAGAUUUUCAUGUUAUCAAUGUGUACGUGCCCAAUUCAGGUAGAGGACUGGUUAAUCUUGCUUUGAGGCAUGAAUGGGAGGAGCAGAUAAGAGAAAGAUUGGCGGAAUUGGACAAAGAAAAGCCGGUUAUUUACACCGGGGACAUGAAUGUUGCACAUGAGGAAAUUGGUGAGUUUUGCUAGUUUUUGCUUGAAUUUUAGGCCAAUAUAAAUAAAUAAGGAAGGAUAAUGUUUAUUCUUUGUAGAUUUAAAGAAUCCGAAAGCAAAUGCGAACAAAUCGGCCGGUUUUACUGAUCAAGAACGAAACGACUUCACGGACCUGCUGGGUGAUAACUUUGUGGACGUUUAUCGCACGUUGAAUCCCGACAAAGCUGGUGCUUACACUUACUGGUCGUACUUUGGAAACUCACGCGGUAAAAACGUGGGCUGGCGAUUGGAUUAUUUUGUGGUUAGCAAGAGAAUCAUGGAAAAUGUUGAGGAAUGUGAGAUUCAUUCAGAGGUGAUGGGCUCGGAUCAUUGCCCUAUUUCUUUGAAGAUCAAGUUAUAAAUUGAUUGUUUUAGGGUUUAAAAGCUUGAAUAUUAUUUUAUUUAGCUUGUUGAGAAGUUUUACGGGGAUGCUUGGCUUAAUUUGCAUGGUAUACGUCAAUAUAUUGUAGUAGGUCUUCUAUAUUCGAUGUUUUUUUUGCUUUUUGCUGUUUUCCACAUUGAAAAAGGGCAUUUUGUGAAUGAAAAUUGUAAUUUUUAGAAAUGGCUCAUCUAUUGCAUUGUUUUAAAACUGACACUCAUUAUACUAAUGUUGUUCUUUGUUCGUUAUAUUAACGUUAAUCUGCUUGUAUUCAAUUUUUUCGUAAACCUUGUAGGAUCUCUUCAAUACGGUUUAUUUGGUAUAAACGUGUAUUAACUAUUAUAAAAUACGUGGAAUAAACUAACAUAACAUGUGUUUUGGAUAUUAUAUCAGUUUGGUUUUAAUCCAAGCGUAUUUACUUUAUUUGACAAAGGAAAGCACAUUGAUUUUUGACGAUGUUGAGUAUAAUAUCAGCUGUUUUUUAAUUUUAAUUGUUGAAAAAUGUUUAAAUUGUUGAAAAUUCAGAUGCCGAUUCCAUUACGGGUGGUGGAGCCAGUGAAUGUGAGUCUCGACCGGUUGAAUAUCGAAAAGACUCGCGAUGAACUUCAAUGUGUGGCCAAUGGUACACUGGCCAACUUGGUAAGACAGCUGAGUUCGUUGAGUAUGCAUGGAGAACAAAUGUUCAAUGAUAUGUUUGAGGAAAUGAACAAAGUCAAUCAGAAAUUGGAUGAUAUUGCGUUGAGAACGGCACGGCUGUAUGACAAGGUACAUCAGACAGCUGGAGUUGUUCCUCAGUCAGGUAAGAUUGAGUUUGGGUUAGUGGAAGGAAAUUUUUUGUUAUUUUUUUGUUUUGUAAAGAAAGUUCUUACUAUUUUUUGUUUUGUAAAGAAAGUUCUUACAAUUUUUUGUUUUGUAAAUAAAGUUUUUGCUUUGGAAAGAAAGUUAUUGCCGUUUUUAGUUUGUAAACAAAGGUUUUGGAGUUUUAUGUCUUGUAAAGAAAGUCCUUGCAAUUUUCUAAUUUUGGAAAGAAAGUUUUUGCUUUGGAAAGAAAGUUGUUGCUAUUUUACGUUUGGAAAAGGAAGUUUUUAUGUUUUUUAACCAUUAUUUGAGUUUUGCAGUCUGCGGAUGACAAGUUAUACGAUGAGUGUCAUUUUAAGGCUUGUAAAGAAAGUUUUUGACAUUUUUAUUUUGUAAAGGAAGUUCUUGCAUAUUUAACUAUUUUCAAAAUUUUUUGUUUUAAAUUUUAAAAUUUUCAGGCCGCCUAGCCGACAACAACCUCCGCAAACCCUACCGAUCCCAGAACAUAAUCGACCAGCACACUCUCAGUCGUCAAACCAUGCCUCGGGCGAUGGUUGAACUCUACGAUAAAUGCGAUCCACCUCCAGCUCUAUACCUAUUCGAUGAGUUUCGAAAAGAUAACAAGCCGGCUCUGAAGUACUACACUGAUCCCGGCUACUUCUUCGAACUUUGGAAACAAGAGAUCCUGAAGGAGUGUGGAAUCGACCGAAAGAUUCAGAAGAAUCGACCACAACCCAAUAUGCAGCGACCGAAACAGGAAGCCAAUCGACGCGUCGUUCAUAACGCCAGAACUCUUUUGAAUCACUAUUCAGAAGGACAGGGCCACAACCAGAACAAUUUGGUGCAGUUCCCAACCGAGUAUCAGGUAGGGUUAUAUAUCUAUUGUUGUAGGUAUGAUAUGUUAUGUGGGUUAGUAAUAAGCUACUGUAUGGUAGGGUAUAGUACUGUACGGCAGGGUAGGGUACGGUAGGGUAAGGUAGUGUAAGGUAGGGUACAAAAUGGUAAAGUAGGGUAGUUUAUGGUAGGGUAUGGUACUAAAUCGUAAGGUAAGGUAUUCUAGUGUAGGGUAAAUUAUGGCAGGGUAGGGUACAAUAGGGUAAGGUAGUGUAGGGUAGGGUACAAAAUGGUAAGGUAGGGUAGUUUAGGGUAGGGUACUAAAUCGUAAGGUAGGGUAUGGUACUGUAAGGUAAGAUAAGGUACUAUAGAGUAGGGUACAGUAAUAAAAGGUAAGGUAGGGUAUGGUGGUGUAGGAUAUAGUACUGUAGGAUAAGGUACGAUGCUGUAGAGUAGAGUAGGGUGUAUUACUAUAAGGUAACGAAGGGUACUGUGGAGGAGGGUAAAACAGGUUAUUGUAAGGUAGACUAGUGUACGAUAGGGCAUAACACUGAAAAGUAAGAUGUGAUACUGUAGGCUAAGGUAUGAUACUGUAAGAUAGGGUAUAGUACUGUGGGUUCAAAUAUGGUAUUUUUGGGUAGGGUAUAGUACUGUAGGGUAGCUUAGGGCACUAUAGGGUAAGACAGGGUACGGUAUGAAAAGAUACUGUAGUAUUAUGCGUUUUUAAUUAAGGUUUGAUAGAAUAUGAUAAGGCCUCUAAAAUGGCAAUAAAUUUAUUUACAAAACAUAAAACGACAUUUGGUGUAUAACAUGUCACCCGCAGGCUGCAAAUUAAAAUAAUCGUUUUAAUACUUAAAAAUGGCAAGCACUUUCUUUACAAAACAGAAAAUAGCAAGAACUUUCUUUACAAAACAAACAAUUAUAAAAAUUUUUUUUACAAUUUGUGUUAUGACUAAAACAUUAUUUUAGGUGCCUCAAAUCAAUCGUCACGCUCUGCACCACGCUCCAAACUCAAUGAUCCGCCAUCCCCAAAUGAUGCGCCCCACCCAACCGGCUCCACCCUUGCCCGACCACUUUGACGACGACCCCUCCCACCUCCACCCAUGCCCACGAAUCGACCGGUCGAACAAUAUUUUAAUGAUUUGA